GCUACCGGAGCUCGCGAAGCACCGAGGAGCGCCGGUCCGCGAGUCGAGCUGACAACCGGACGACAAGGAAACCCCGUGGUCGCAACGGUCGGCGGAAAGGGAAGGCCCGAGGCUAGCAAAGCUAGCGGAGCGAACGUGGUCGGAUCACGUGAGUAACACGGACAAUAUUUCGGCGCUAUCUAGCCAAAUAAGCUAGCAUUAGCAUAGCGAAAACGAAGCAGUAGCUAUCCAGCAGACUGAAGAUUUCCAGAAAAUAACUAGCUAGCAGAUUGAAGGGUGCUAGCAUACGAACCCAAGCUAGCUAUCAAAGUCAAAGACACCAAGCUAUUGGUUAGCAAACGAAUCUAGCUAAGCCAAAGCCACCAAGCUGUUGGCUAGAAAACGGAGCUAACCAGCUAGCGAUCCAGCUAGCUAGCCAGAAUAAGACAGAUUGAGCUAAACUCAACCUUAAAUUCAGAGAGAUGAUUAAGGGGGAGGAAACAGUGAAGCAUCUGAAAGACCUGCGGACGAGGGCGAAGGUGGCUCUAAGUCGUAAGGUGAACUCAGUAACAAAGACGUUGAACACUAUGUUAGAGGAGGAGUUGAUGAAAGAAUAUAGGGAAGUCCACAAGGCCGCCACCAAAGUCACAGAGGCCAACAGUGAAUACUUGAUGCAAAUAAUUCUGAACGCUGAUAGUGACGAGGACCAAGUACCAGAAGAGCUGAGUGCAGACGUGGAAAAGACGAAUGGAGAGACCAGCCAAAGGCUUGAAGAGGUCAGUGAAGUGAUUAAAGCAAACCUUUGGACUAGGCAUGGAGAAAAGACAGUGAUGUUUGCCAUCGGGGAAGCUGAAAAGGUCUAUGAGGACGCAGAAGCGACACAAAUUGACCUGGUGAGCUAUGAGAAUGACGAAAAGCAGCUUAAGCAUUUAGAAAUACUCAUUAAGGAAUUAAAGGAAGUGCACAGCACCUGGAGGGGAUGGGCUCCUGUGACUGCUAGAAAAGAUGUGGAAGAGAUAGUGCGCCAGCUGGAGACAAGGAAAAACGCACUCAAGCGUCAAAAGGAAGCUGAGUUUAACAAAGCACGCGGCGCAGCAGAGUUGGUACGCACCGCAGCAGAGGAUGAGCGCACCAAGUUAGCCGAGACCCAACGUGCGAAGCUCGCCGAGAUUCAAAUUGCUGCAGAGGAAGCACGCAUUGCAGCAGAGGAUGAGCGCGCCCAGUUCGCCCUGGUUCAGCUAAGGCAAGACCAGGCCCAACGCUCUAAAUUGGCCGAGGCUCAGAUUGCAGCAGAAGAAGCACGGUUUGACCUCAUGAAAGCGCAGCAUAAAGCAGUGGAAGAGGCAGGCACGGAACCCAGAGACAACCCGAUGGGAGCGAUAUCAAAGAUACGACUCAAGCCGGUAAGCCUUCCCAAGUUCAGUGGCAGUAUGAGGGAGUUUCACAGCUGGAAAAAGGACUGGGAAUCUUUGCAGAAGCAGGGAGAACCAUCCGGGUCGCCUGAAGUCAAGAAGUUCCAGUUUCUGGACAGCAUGGAAGAAAAGCUCAGCUGAUUUUGGAUUGAUGGCAAAGGGAGAGGGACUUAAGUGAGAGU